AUGCAGAAAGUGGAACAACAGCACCCAUUAUGGGGGCCUUCUAAUGCGGCAGCGUCUCCAGGCCAAGUGUUCACGCUGGCCGCCAUGGGUUUCAGCAGGCCUCCCACCGUACUGCCUGAUGAAGAGUCCCCUACGACCAAUCCUGUGACUCGAGUGGAUAGCUCGACGGUGGCGGCCAGGAGCCAAAAAAUUGACGACCUGGCAAAGUGA